AUGAUCAAGGCUAUGAUCUUCAUCUUCAACAACCAAAGGAAACUCCAGCUCUCCAGGUUUUACCAACUCUCUAUACUCAUGGAAACUCUAGACAAGUGUUUUGAAAAUACCUGUGAACUGGAUUUAAUCUUCCAUGUACAUAAGGUCCACAAUAUUAUGGCAGAAAUGGUGAUGAGGGUAAUGGUUUUGGAGACCAACAUGAAUGAAAUUGCUACUCAAAUUGACAUGCAAGAUAAACUGGAGAAAUCUGAGUCUGGCUUAGCAGGAGCUCCAGAGUGUGCAGUAUCCAUUGUAAGCAAUAUGAAUCUUCCUGACAUCACAAGAAAUAAUAACAUUGGUGAGAUUAGCAUAAAAGUGCCAAAUCUGCCCUCUUUUAAAUAA